AUAUAUAUAUAAAAAGAAGUAGAUUUCCACCGACGCUGGAUAGAGAAAGCGUCUGGUCGGGAUCACCCCACCAGCCACAAACCAUAACCACACAACCAAAACCCACACCCACCAAAUUCUACCCGACUUCGGCUUGCCGCCGUGAUCUAUCUAUCUAUCUAUCUACUUCCUCUUUUUUAAAAAAGUCUUUUAAAUUCCGUCAAAACGGAUAUAUAUACAGAUAUCGAUUGGAGCACUAACAAGAUGACCACAUCAGUCGGUGGCGGCAUCACUGGCGGUGGUGGCGGUCGCUUUAUGGCUUAUUCUCCGUCUCCUUCUGCUCCUCACUCUCCACAUCUCUCUGGCCUCCGUUCGGCCUCCUCUGCUCUUGUCGAGCAAGAAAAAUAUCUUUCAGAGUUGUUAGCAGAGCGUCAUAAGCUUAGUCCAUUUAUGCCUGUGCUCCCUCAUACUUAUAGAUUGUUGAGUCAGGAAAUUUUGCGUGUAACCACACUGUUGGGGAAUGCAUCAGUUUUAGGUCAAAGUGGGCUUGAACAUGCUAGCCCUUUGGCCUCUGGAGGAAUGUUCUCAAAUGGAGGAGCCGAUGCAAAUGGCUGGGCAUCACGGUUUCAAUCAGAAAUGUCGGGUUUAAUACAGCCCUCAUCGGCACAGAACUGGCUGAGUUCUCAAGGCAGCUCAUCUGGUCUUAUCGUUAAGAGAACAAUCAGAGUUGAUAUUCCCAUUGAGAGAUAUCCUAGUUACAACUUUGUUGGGCGCCUCCUUGGCCCUAGGGGAAACUCUCUCAAGCGUGUGGAAGCAAGUACUGAAUGCCGUGUUUUGAUCAGGGGGCGUGGCAGCAUUAAGGAUCCAGCUAGGGAAGAAAUGAUGAGAGGGAAACCAGGAUAUGAGCAUCUAAAUGAACCUCUUCAUAUCUUAGUUGAGGCAGAGUUGCCAGUUGAAAUAGUUGAUGCUCGCAUUGCACAAGCACGCGAGAUACUUGAAGACUUAUUGAAGCCUGUGGAUGAAUCUCAGGAUUUCUAUAAGAAGCAGCAGCUAAGGGAGCUAGCGAUGUUGAAUGGUACACUUCGUGAAGAAGGUUCUCCCAUGUCUGGUUCUGUCUCCCCUUUCCACAACAGCCUUGGUAUGAAGAGGGCCAAGACCAGGGGCUAAUGGAUCCCCAUUGUUGGUGAGCUUUUUGGAGCUUGUGUGAUAUCCUGCCAGUAAUCAGCAGUUCCCACGCCACAGGUGUUACUGCAUCAGCCUUUGCCUCCGACCGCCAUCGGGGCACUGGCACUUGGGUGCCAGUUCUAACUGUUUCUAUAUCAAUUGUGUUUAUCUUAUGUUUGGGGGAGGUUUUAAUGAUGGUAUCGGAUAGUAAGGAGUCGGUUGAAUUUGGGGAGUGCUUUUAUAUGUUGCUUAAGGCAGUUUGGACUCCAGGACUGCCCCUGUAUUAAAUUAGGCUCUACUAUAAGCGUGUGUUGACAGUUUUGAUAGUGAUGGGGAAUUAUGUGAGGUUUGUAUACAAAUAGCGAGCUAAAGAUGGUCUACUCUAUUGCAUGUUGUCUGAGAUGGAAUGUUUUGUAAUUUCAAAUGUAGAUUGAGCUUGAUUUUGAAGGCAGUCUUUGUCAUCUUCCA